AUGCUUCUUCACUCUACCGUUAUUCUGGCUCUCGCUAGUCUGGGUGCCUCAAAGAACUUUGGCUACAUGCAAUCACCACGACCUGUUGCAAACAGUUCCGACCUCAACGAACGACAAACCGGUUGCAACGGCGGCGGCGCCGUAGAGAUAGACUGCGAUGGAACUUGCAUCCCCUACAACUACGACUGCUGCCGCCUCGGGGACGGAUCAUUCUGCGAGACCCUAUGCGACUCUCUUGGCGGCGGUUGCAAAGACAGCGGUUCCGGUGGUGGAUAUGGCGACUCGGACGGUGGCGACUCGGACGGCGACGGGUGUCAGGACGGCUACACCCCUUGCGACCAAAUCUGCAUCCCACCGACUGGAAUGUGCUGUGGCGAUGGCACCUGGUGCAAGUUGGGCAAAUGCACGAAGAAUGGGGAUUGCGAUCUGAGCGAGUACGCGGGUGGAAAACAAAACAGUGGCAGCGCUCAGACGACCACAGAAGCAAGUGGCAGCAGCAGCACUGAUAGUAGCAGUAGUGGGAAGGGCAGCGGCAAUGACGAGGAGGAGAGCUCUAGCAAGGAGGAGGACAGCAAGGGUGGUGAUAACAAGGACAGUGAUGAGGAGGCCAGCGAGUCUAAGGACAGAGACAAGGGCAACGAUGCUUCCCUUCGUCUACCAACUCUCGCCGUUGGCCUUGUGGCACUCGUUCCUCUCCUGAUGUAG